CGUCCCCCUCAGUGUUUGGCGCGCCUGCGCCGGAAAGAGACACGCCUCUUCUUUCUGCAAGCCAUGUGGCUGUCGUUGGUAAAUAAAGACCUCUGCUAAUUUUUAACUUCCAUUUUACUCUGAACUUUGUAUACAAACGCGGACUUUUGCACUGUCGGAGCAGCCAAAAUGUCUGCGGGCGUCGUGAACCUCGAGGCGCAGGUGGAGUCGGUGCUCGGAGCGCUGGUCAAAGCUGCCACGGCGGAGUUAACCAAACUGUUCGAGAGCAGAUACCGAGCCUCGGCGCUGGAUGUGGAUGUGGGCCGCACUGAGGACAAAAAAACAAAUAAAACACUGGAUAGUUUAACGACUGAGGACACCACACGUAGCAUCGGAGUGCAAGUGGACGAGGACAUGUAUCUGCCGUUUGAGCGUUCUGGACUCUCAGAUGGUGAUUGUUUGAGGGAGAUCAGGGAGGAGGUGGAGGGGUGUCUCAUUCCAUCUGAAAUCCCAUCGUCUGAACAUAAUGGCCAAGUUGAUCCGGAGUGGUCACCUCUGAAGGAACAGGUUGUGGCAAAGACUGUAGAUAUGGUGGAGUUGAGCGGGAUUGAAGCAGAGUCUCCAACUCAGACAAAAGUUGUUUUGCAUGUCUCCGCAGAGACAUUAAGACAUGGACCUAAGCAAAGCUCACCAGCUAAACAGAAGCUUAUUGUGAUCCAACCAGAUACGUGUGAUAUCGUUUCCGGAGAGAAGGUUAAGUUUGUCUGCCCGUUGAUCCUCAAGCCAGAGUCUCCAGCUCCCAAAACUGACAGUUCAGAGAAGCCUGUUCAAACCGAGCCUCAGCAGGUCUGUGUCAGCACCGCCAAGGGCACCGCCUACAGCCCGUCCCCGUCUGAUGGAGCUGUGACUCCUGCUCAGGUUGGGGUUUGGGAACGGAUCCGCACGCCAAAGGAGACGACAAAUAACCUCCACAUGAAACUGAAACUGACUUCUCCAGAGCAAAAACUGAUGAGUCCAUGUGUGGUACAGCUGGUGGACGUGCUCACGGUGCCUGAGUCAGCGAUGAAGCUUCAGGAUGCUGUUGUCAAAGGUCAUGAUGCUAACUGCAAAACUGGUUGGCCUCUGCCCAAAGACCUCCGCCGCCACCAAGGUCUUCACACUGGCCACCGCCUCUGCUGCUUCACCCCCUGUGAAAACGGCGUUUGGCGGCUUCAGAAGGUGGUCACCCACUCCCGUGAUGGAUACCCUUGCAGCAUCUGUGGAAAGACGUUCAAGCGGAGGAAGAUUCUCCGGCGGCACGAGCGCUUUCACACUGGAGAAAAACCAUACCCGUGCACUAUGUGCUCUAAGUCGUUUGCACUGAGGAAGAGCCUCCGACGCCACUUGAGGUUCCACACGGGGCAGAGGCCGCACACCUGCACGCAGUGUGGCAAAAGCUUCCGUCUGCGAGACAAUCUGAAAGCACACCUGAGGUUUCACUCUGGGGAGAAGCCUUACAACUGUGCCACUUGUGGCAAGAUGUUCAGGAUCCUAAAAAAUCUGGAGAAACACAAAAUGAGCCAGUGUGGAUUCUUUGUUCCUUCGUUCAGGACAAUUGCUGGCUUGUAGCAGUGUAAAAACAGCUGUCAGUGGCUGGUUGUGGGGGGUUUCAUCACUUUCUACCUCAGAUUGAAAACACUGUAUCGCUUUUGUAGAAUAUGGUCAUGUAAUGUUCAGAU